GGGUGCUCUGUGUACAUUGCCAUCCCACCCACUGAAUGGAUUGCGGCAUUCAUUCAUCAUCCUCCCCACCAGCUACACAUUCACCUAAGCCUUGCCAUUGUGAACCACACACGAUUUGGUGUAUUCUUAGCCUGUGUCGGUGUUCGUUGCUGUUGAGAACAUUCAGUAUAGUUUCUGAACACCCAAGCUUUAGGCGCUAGCUUUGCGACAGAUCAGAGCGAACACAAUCUUCAGCGCAAGCAGCCAUGGCGCCUCGCGGCUCAGUGCAGCGCCGGCAAACCCAGUCGCAGAACGAGCAUGUAUUUGCUCUAGGCAAAGUCGGAAGGAAAACGGGAAUCACAAUACCAGACAAUGGCCGACGCGACGAACAUGGCUUUGAGGAGCUGGACAAUCUAUUCUCUUCGCCCGAUAGAGAACUGCUAGAUGCGACUAAUGGCCGGAAUCCCGCAGUAUCAGAGGACGAACAGGAUGAGCAGGACAUGGAAAUUGAUGACGGCUCAGAACUUGGUCCAGCGACAACACGCAAACUUCAACAAAGCCGGCCGUCCCUUCCACGCGCUCGAUCACCCAUCAAGACAAAUCUCAAGUCACCUGCUCGCCAUAAUCCUCAUCUACAGCCUACAUCUUCACCAACAAGAGGGACCAUUGUCACAGAGCGUGAACGAAGCCCCAAGCCAGAGGUGAAACGCAGACUGGAUUUCUCAAAGAGUUCACAAGACCAAACAAUGGCUGCUAGUAGUCAAGCUAAGGCCACCACCAAUGGCCACCACAAAGUGCGAAAGAUUAUCCCUGCGCAACCCAGCCGUUCUACCGAGCAGUCUAUCUUCUCUUCUGAUCCUCCCAAUCAUAUUGAAGAUGAACCUGAAGAGGAGGAGGAUGAAGAUGAGCAUCUAGAAUUGCUUGAUGCCGGUGCGGUUGAUGAUGGAGGUUAUGUAGAGGAUGAUCUCCCCGAAGAACCUGAGGAGGAAGUUGAGGAGGAAGAGGAGGCUCCUAUCGUCCAAGAGACUAAAUCCGCAAAUAAAUCAAAACCUCCCCCAGGGCGUAGAGGGCGUAAGCCUAAAACUACCGUAGAAAAGGGGAAUGACGAGCCAGUGGAUACCUCAUUGGAUGAUGCCCAAGUGGAAGCGGCCGAAGAGGAUGAAGAGCCUGUAAAGAAGAGAAAAGGUCGGCCAAAGGCCACUUCCAAGCCAGAGAGAGAGGCAGCCUCCCCCGCUGACCCUAACCCUCCACCUAAAGCCUCCAAACGUGGGAGAAAGGCAAGAACUUCUACGGAAGAUGUCGAGGACGACAGUGCUGAAUUAAGGGACGCAAAGCGCCAGAAGACGUCGGCAAAAGCCGUCAAAGCUGAGAAGGGCCCUGCAUCAAAAUCCGCGCCAGUUAAGGAGAAGAGCAAACCGGGACGAAAGCGGAAAUCUUCAGGCGUCAGCGUUGAUUCGCCCGUGAUUCAGCAUGGUCCGCCACUCCCCAAGAGUCGUGGCCUUGUGACUCUACGGCGCGAAGAAACUGCCGCCAUGAGGACAACGCGAUCUGGUCGGGCUUCAUUUAAGCCACUUGAAUGGUGGAAGGGCGACCAUAUUGAAUAUGAUGAAGAUCAAGAAAAUCUUUUUGAAGACUCUGGCAAACGACACUUUAAAAUGCGCAGCGUGAAGGGUGUCGUACGCGCAGAAGAGAGCGAAGAGCCGGGAACCAGGCGUCGUGGACGACCCGCAACUGGACGAAAACCAGGGCGACGACCACCAACUGUGGUAGAAGAAGAAGUAGAACGCGAUGACUGGGAAUUCGACCCCGGACGUGUGGCAGGCGAAGUGGUCUUAUGGCAGCCAGAACACGAGCUCGAACCACCAGAGGAAGAUGACCAGGUUGAGAUCGAGAUAGAAGAAUUAGCCAUCUCGGAACAGGCCAUUCAACUCAAAGAUAUCAAGGACGCAACGUUCAAAUUCGCAAAGACGCUCACGCUGCCGUUCUUCGGCGCCGGUGUCGUGGACUUACCCCCGGGCGCCGAGAAAAGGACCAAGAACACACGCAUGAGACAUAUGGUCUUCUUCGUGCACACCGGCAACGUCCAGGUGACUAUUGCCCAGACAGAAUUCGGCAUCGCCAAUGGUGGCAUGUUCUUCGUACCUAGAGGAAAUACUUAUUCAAUCCUUAAUGAAACGGACCGGCCUGCGCGGAUUUUCUUCGCGCAAGGCUGUGAGAUUCUCAGUCCGCUUGCCGCUGAGGGGGAGGCUUAGGAAGACCAACUUUGAGUGGCACGAGAUAAACUACGAGAGCUUUGUGAUUGCGUGUCUGAACGAGUCCAACCUGGACAAUACGAUGUAUGAAGAAAACUUUGAGCUCAGCUUUACUGUCUGGAACACGCUUUUGAGAUGAUGUCUGUUGUCUGCAGCUUGAUGUAUAACUACUUUACGAAGCUGUUCAAUGCGAAUCGUAGACAGGGGGUUGUAUCAAGAGUCACGAGGCUUAGUAACUGCCUUCCUUUCAUACAUGAUCUGCCCCAUGUCCUCUUCUUCGUGGUGGACAUGCUCUUUGCUGUGUUGAGCUGCUGCUUGUGGCUUUUGAAGUUAUGUUAUGAAUACUUGAUACCAAUUUAGCAAUGUGGAAUUCAAAUUUAUUCUCAACACUGGUCUAGGAUUUAUUCUUAGUUUAGUUUAGUGAUGAGUACUGAUUUAACAUGUGGUGUAAGCAUAAUAUCACCAAGCUUAUGAUGAC